UCUCUGACUCGUAAGAGCAAAACUUAUAUCCGCGGAAGUGAACCAUUCGAGUUGUCAAGGAAUCCAAUUCUUCCACCAAUGGGGGGAUUUCUGAUUUUAUUUUUCCUCGGCUUUUUCACCCUGGGAUGCACUGCCACAUGUUCAAGACACCAAACUCAUCCUCAACGAGAAAUUCUCUGUUACACAACAUCCAAUGAUUUGAGACUGCUGGGGAAUUCGAUCUGCAGAUGUACGACAGUUGUACAUCAAGGUCAUGACCUUCAGUACCUGAACACUUCCGUCCUCCACGGGAUUCGCAAAUUAUUGCAAAAAGUUAAUCCAGCUAUUCAACUUGUUGUUAGUAUUAGUGACCAUAAAAAAUCCCUGAAAACUUCGGCAGGAGCUAUACAAGACACAAUUGCUAAGAUUUCUACCAUUUUCACUGAGGUUGAUGGUGUGGAAUUAAAUAUAACAGCAGGCGCUAAAGAACGUCUAUUGAACUUUGUGCGGGGAUUGAAAGGAGAAAUGAUGAGAAAAUCAGAGAAAAAGAGAAUUUUACUAUCUUUGCCAACUAAAAACGUACUACUCGCAAAAGAGUUCGAUUUAAAAAAUCUUGCUAAAUACGUGGAUUUGUUCACUAUUCCCACACAUUAUCUUGUAGGUGAUGAAGAACUAUUUAAAACUUUUCAUCCGUCUAGACUAAUGGGGCUAGCCGAUCUGUUGAAUAUGGACAAUUUGGUCGAUCUUAUUCAUGGUCUUGGUGUGAAUAAAAAUAAACUAUUAAUAUCAUUACCAGCGAGUGGGUACAAAUUUACCCUCAAAGAUAAAAACGAUAAUGUACCAGGUGCACCUACAAUGGAUGAAAUACCAUCGAUUAUUAAUCGAAAGGAAUUUUGCGAUAUAAUUACAAGAGGAGAAUGGAUACUCGAACGAGACAGUGAUCUUACGGCCCCUUAUGUUUUUAAUAAUUUAAAUUGGAUAGCAUUCGAAGAUGAAAUUUCUACACGGAUUAAAGGAAAAUACGUUCUUCUCCGAGAUCUUGCUGGCCUUGCAAUAGAUGAAAUUGUAAAUGACUCGAAGACCAAUUGCGGAAGAUCUAUUGCUGAGGAAGUUUACCAUUCUUUCACUGAUAACAAAAGAAAAACUCGGGAAGCUGUCUUGAAUUCACUGGCAGAAGAUAUUCAGACUACAGACAAUCCAUAUCCACUGAGUGUAAAGCCCUCCGACUUCCGAAUAAUUCAGAUCGUUGAUGGCUCAGGCAAUGUUCGUGCUAUCAGAGAGAAUACACAAACAGAGUUUACGUGUUUGAAACAGGGUCAUUUUGUACAUCCCAAGAGCUGCAACAGGUUCUAUCGUUGCGUGAAAUUUAAUCAGCAAAUCGAAGACUACAGUGUAUUUGAGUUCGAUUGCCCGGAGGGUUUGUCAUUUGACGAACAGACUGAGGUAUGCGUUUGGCCUGGAUCAAUGCCAAGAGGAUCACCUUGCCCUGGAAGCAGUGAAAUUGCACCCACCACUCUAAGAAGAUUCCAAUGUCCUGGAGAUGGUUAUUAUGCUGAUCCUAAUAAUUGCAGAUGGUUCUUUGCCUGCAUAAAUUUAGGAGGAGGAGAUAUGAUGCCAUACGAGUUUCGCUGUCCUUAUGGAUUGGUAUUUGAUGAGAAAUCUUUAACGUGUGAAUGGCCAUGGCUUGUACCCGCCUGCGCCGGUAAGAAUUACGAGUACAAGGGUAGUUAUGGGAGCCGACAUUCUGGUCUUUCAACUGACACUAGUCCUGGAAAAAACAAUGGAUCUGGCAACGAUUUUGGAAAAAGCGUAUAUUAUCGACAUAAUAAUUCUCAUUUACAAAACGGUGAUAAGCACGGAGUAGACAGCAAUUAUACAAACGCAUUACAUUUUUCUCCCAUUACAAAUAGCUACGUUACAACUGUCACUGAAGGUGUAUUAAUUUCAACUCUUCCUCUACAAGAUGAUUUAAUUUUAACACCAACAAAAAAUCCAUUGGACGUGACAAUAUCAUCCGUAAAGUCAAAUCCAAUGCCAGAUAAAUCAAUGCCAAGCAAGUCUUCCAUUGAAACAAGUAAUUCUGAGGCAAUAAUAACGAGUAUCACUCAACCCACUUAUUUUACAAAGCAAAAUGGAAAAACUGAUUUUUUCGUUUCUGUUAAGGAGACUACUUUCCAUAAUCUAUCAGCAGAUAAUUAUAAUAAUCAAGAAGUUAGCUUGGCAAAAAAUAGUAUAGUGAAAUCUCCAUCAACUACCACGGGCACAUCUUCUUUCCAGCCGGUAUCUGUGGUCGCAGAUACUCCCAGUAUUGUUACCAUUGGAAACGAAUACCACACUAAUGAAGCCGGUACUAGGUACUAUUCACCAGUGUCAUACAAUACAACUGAACCAUACUACACAAAAAAAUAUACGUCUGGAAUUGGAAUUCGAUCGAAGUCGACAGGGAUUAAUGACGAAAUACAGAAUUAUCAAUAUACUGGAAGAACUCAAGCUGCAAUUCCAAAUGAAAUUUCACUGAGUGUAACUCCAGCACUUUCUACAAAGCAAUCUGGAUUCCGAUAUUCCUCAAGUCCGUAUAUAACUUCAUCAAAAUAUCCUCCCAAAUUGAAUGAUACAAGUGUGAAAAGUUCAUAUGAUCAUCCAAGCCUAAAUACUCUCUCGAAUGAUUAUUCAUCAGUACCAAUACCCGAAGGAGCCGGUGGGAAUAAAUUUUUUACAAAUCAUGCGUCAAGAACUCCACUGAUGUCUAGAGGAAAUCCAUUUCUUUCAUCAACCACAGUAGCGACAUCCUUUCAACAAUCUGACGAAAAUAUUUAUUUUUCAAAAGGUCCUUUCUGGAAUAAUCCAUUCUUGCGUUCAACCUCUGGAAGUUCUGUACAUACUGAGGAAAUAUACAGAGGAAAUCCAUUUCUUCCGUCAACACCCGUAGCGUCCUUUCAUAAAACUACGGGAAAUCAAUUUUUCCCCAAUUAUCCAAUUCCCAUUACAGCAAAUUUGUCAUAUAAAGGCAAUCCAUUUCUUCCACCAACAUCGGCAACGUCGUCUGGUAAUGUGCAUUAUACAAAUCAAGCUGGACAUUCUAAGGAAACCCCUUUAUCACCUGUUACUCACGAUGGUUAUAAAACAAAUGAAUAUUUUGACAAUGGAGGCCGAGGUACUAUUCGUUAUAACAAUGGUUUGAUUACUCACAAAUACACCGAGGAUGAUGUUAAAAAUGGAAAACUAUCUUAUCAAGUUUUGACCCCCUUGGUAAUGGUAAAUGAAACAUUUACACCAGUUGCUGGGAUUCAUACAACGCAAGCUUUUACCAAAAAUGGCCCUACUAAAACAGGAAUAACAACGGCACAAUUGGGUGGUAGUGGUACAUACAUUGUAGGUACUUCCAAAUUAAUACCAACCUUCGAUAAAUAUAAUAAUGCGCAUAAAAAUUUUAAGCCUCAACUGAGUUGGUCGACAAGUAUGAUACCCGAAAAUAUUUUUAAAACAUCACACCAUCCAUCCUAUGUAAAACCAUGGUUUGAAUCCACGACUUCGGUAUAUAAUAAUGAGAUAAAAAGAAUUACUACCGAAAGAUCUGCUAUCUACGAUAUUCAUAUGGAUGAUAAAACGAUGAGAGUAGAGACUUCCUCUCCCGUAUCAUUAACAGAGCCAAAUUUAAUAAAAAACAAUAAAGUUACAAUAGCCUCUGAGCAAAUUGAUGCUAAGACUAUCUCUCCAAAGAUAGUGCCUAAACAAAAUUCAACACUCUUUUCUGGUUCCUCAGGUGUUGAAUCACCUGCAUCCAUACUGACUGGAAAAAAUUUAUCCAGCAAUAGAUACAAAAACAACAAAGUGUCGCCACAAACUGCAUCCACAAUAACUGAUGAAAAUCGUGAUAGUGUAUUGAAUAAUGACAAUAAUUUUCAAGGACAAAAUAGGAAAAUUGGAUCUUUUAGUACGAAAAACCCUUUGAGAAAUGAUGAAAUUGAACACCCACAGUCUUCAGCCACGCCAUUUUCAAUUAUGUUUAAGAAUGGAGAAGAGACGAAUUAUGGUGAACCUACUCAGGGAACAAAUGAAGAAUAUAACUAUGAAGAUCAGAGUACUACAUUCGGGGAAAAAAAUUUUCAAAAUAAAUUAUUUGGUGCGUCUAUCAGACCUAAGGGUCACACGUUAUCAUCGGCUACGUUGGCUACAUCGCUGUUAAACACGGCUACACGAGACUACAGUUACUCUCAAUCUACAGUAGAAUCAAUUGAUAAUUCAGGGAGCACAAAAUCAUCAACAAUGUCAUUGAAAGAAAGUACCCAUCAAUGGAAAGUUUCAAUAAAUAAGCCUACACCCACAGAGAUGUCCUCAGUAUCAACUGGAUUCACUCCCACUCUGGUGAAAAUCUCAAAAGACCCAACGACUAUUUCAAGAGAAGAUCAUAGAAUCAGGGAUACUGCACAGCCGACUACAACAUCUAAGACAAGUUCUAAACCCCGAGAUAACGACAAGAGUAAUAAUAUAUACAAUGAUACAACAAUUGAUAUAAGCGCGACGAAAUUAAAAAUAACCUCCCAAGCACCUACGGUGACUACUUACAAUGGGGGUUAUGGAGAUUCAUCAUUCGUUCAUUCAUCUGGAAUUGAUAAGACACUGGCACUCGAUAAUAAAGGAAAAAUAGUUGUUAAAUACAGUGAUUUACAUCCAGUUCUACUCGAAAAACUACAGGCUGAGUGCACUUGUAGAUCCGAUCCCUUCACUGUAUUUAAUAGUAAUGGACCACUCUUGAUAGAUUCGUCAAAGGGAACCGUUGAUUUGAGAAACUAUGAUGAAACCGAUGUUUAUGUUGAAAUUGAAUCAGGCAAAGAUUUCAGUAAAAAUACCGGACCUACUGAUGGCAAAAAAUUAAAAACUCCGGCAAAAGCCUUGACAUUGUCUUCUUCUAAUGGUGACAUAAGUUCUUCAUUUAGUAUAAAUAAGACUAAAACAAGGGAAGCUAAGAACCUAGACAACUUUGAAAAAAAUCAAGUUCUCAAUGAACAAUUUCAUUCACCGGAAAUCGAAUUUCUGAAGAUAACAUCCGAGGGUAAACUCGAAUGUGCGAGAGCUGGACUUUUCAGGCACCCUAAAUUUUGUAACAAAUUCUACGUUUGUUAUUGGGAUGAAUGGAAGCAAAAGUAUACAUUAAAUGUAUCAAAUUGUCCUGUGCAUUUGAGUUUUGACAGUAGUACGGGAGCUUGCAACUGGCCGAGUAAAGGGCCAGCGUGUCAAGCUGGGCAUCUUCUCGCCUGAUUUAUAUCAGCUGAUUGUUUAAUAAAAAUUGUAUAUCCUU